GUAACCUGAUAUUUAUUUAACACAGUAGCACCUGCAGCUAUGUUCUCCCUGUCUGUGAUGGUGGGACUGGUCCCCAUAGUGUCUCUCUUCGGUUUGUUCUACUCUGCGGCGGUGGACGAUAACUUCCCUCAAGGAUGCACCAGCAGCAACAGUCUGUGUUUCUACAGCCUGCUGCUGCCCGUCACCAUCCCCGUCUACGUCUUCUUCCACCUGUGGAGCUGGAUAGGGAUCAAGCUCUUCAGGCACAACUAGGUCAUCCCGACUCUUCUGCUCAAGCUAAAUAAAUGGAAACACUUUGAUACCAUUAAAGCAUCUAUUGGUGAUACACUGUAUUGUGUUUCUGCUGGCCCGUUCUGUUAUUUACAUAGUUUCAUUUAAUAGAAGCUGUUACUCUGUGUUCUUUUUUUAAGACAUCAGAUUAAUCCUCAUAAAUGUGCCGAUGUGUGUGAGAGUGCUUUCUCUCUCUGGAUGAUCCAAAUAGAAAUGCACAGAAUUGCUAAACCAGGCAGGACUAAAAUAAGUCAACUUUAUUAAUUAGGAUUUUAAUAUAAUACAUGUUUAAGUGGUUGUUAGUUUUUCAUCUUGAGGACAACUAAUCUGCAUGGUAAGUAGCAGCUAUGAAUAAAUAUUUCCCAUUUCAGUUGUACUCAACAAGCUUAAAAGCAAAUGACAGAGUUACAGUUGGCUACUGGACAAAUUGUUGGCAAGUUGACAUAAAUACAGUGAGAUGCUUCAGGUGGAAUAUUUACUGUCACAUGGGAAAUGAAAUAUAAGGGUGAACAACUGAAAAUGUAACAUGUCAUUUAUUUAAAAUGUGCUAUAUAUAAUGGUGCAAUAACUCAACCACUCCCUUUAUAAUAAAUAAAGUUUAAUUGAUAC